GCCGCGCCGGCGGCCGCGGCGGUGACGGGCCCGUGUGUUGCAGGCGCUGCGGGAGCGCGGCUGCCGGAGCGAGGAGCAGUUCAGGGAGGUGCUGAGGGAGAUUGAGGCAGAAGUGCAGAGGAGGAAGCAGUUACCCCAUCAGUCAGUGGAACGCAGAGCCAUCAUCUCCAAGUGCUACAAACCAAAACACCCAGAGCUGUACACUCUGCAGGUACACAGGAGGUUUGGAAUCCCUUUUGCACCCAGAAAAGAAAUCACCUGAGAGUUUUAUUUUUGCAGUUUGUUUCCCCCUCUCCUCGGGACUGCACACUGCUAAAGCUGCACUGGAUUAAAACACAGGUGUAGCAUAUGAAAACUGGAUUUAAAACCUUAAAAACACAACAGCACAGCGUGCUCUCAAGGCAAGAUUCCUGGUGUUCCAGCCAGGAAAGGCUCUUUCCUCUCAUGUCUGUGAUAAAUCUGGCCAGUUACUCCCAAAAAAAGCCAUGAACUAAAGCAAGCAGCAGCUGCCCUGCCCCAGCAGGUAAAGCAGCAGUGCCAUUCUGCAUUUCCUGCUGUGCAAUCACCCAGGUGUGACUCAGCCUUGCUCCCCAGGGACUGGGAUUUCCCUGGGAGCCCAUUUCCCUCUCUGGGCUGAUUGUGUUUCUGUGUGCUUUUCCCACCUUUCCCUUGACACCAGGAUUCCUUCCUGGCCCCAGAGUUUCUGGAAAUCGAGAGGUUCUGCACAUCUCCAGGUGCUGAUCUCCAGGGCCUCCUGAGCUACCUCGAGUCCUUCUCAGACAAGAGGAUCUAUCGGCUCCCAGUGUUCACAGAGCAGUUCUGCCAGGCCUUGCUGGAGGAGCUGGAGAACUUUGAGCAGUCAGACAUGCCUAAGGGCAGGCCCAACACCAUGAACAACUACGGGGUUCUGCUGAACGAGCUGGGCAUGGACGAGCGUUUGGUGACGCCGCUGCGGGAGCGGCUGCGGCCGCUGACGGCGCUGCUGUACCCGGAGCUGGGCGGGGCCUGCCUGGACAGCCACAGAGCCUUCGUGGUCAAGUACGCCCUGCACGAGGACCUGGACCUGAGCUCCCACUACGACAACGCCGAGGUCACCUUGAACGUUUCCCUGGGAAAAGAAUUCACAGAGGGAAAUUUGUACUUCGGGGAGUUCAACCAGGAUCCCAGCCCGGUGCCCCAGUACAUCGAGGUGGAGCACGUGUGGGGCCGGGGGCUGCUGCACCGAGGGGGGCAGGUGCACGGGGCGCUGCCCAUCGCCUCGGGGGAGCGCUGGAACCUCAUCGUGUGGAUGAGAUCAUCGGCCAUCCGCAACCGCCUGUGCCCCAUGUGCCGCAGGAAACCCGAGCUGGUGGAGGCCGAGGGCUUCGGGGACGGCUUCACGGAGGGGGAGGAGCAGCCCCAGACCGUCAGUGUCUGUGCCCUGGGCUAGCACGGGGGAAUUGCCCGCGCCGAGCUGCGCAAAGCUCCUCCCUGACCUCCCAGGCUGCACAAGGAGCAGCUCUGACCUUGGGAAGGGAUGCAAAGCCGGCCCUGCCAGGAUUCCAGCUGGAACUCGGCUCCUGGGGGCUCAGGCUGGGGCUGGGGGACUCUGCAAGCACAGAAACCCCAGCUCUGAUUCCCUGCAGGAGCUCUCUCAAUAUUCCCAAGUGCACCAGGAAAGCAGCCAAAGCUCCUUGGCCUCUCUGCCAGCAGCAGCAGCCCAGGUCCCUCUGGAAAUGGGGCAGAAUGGGACAAUAAACCAAUUCUGGGCUGUUCUUAGGGCUCCUGUCCUCUGC